UGACUGUCAGUGACUGAGUGACUGAGUGACUGAGUGACUGGCUGUUUCUCUCGAUUCUCCUUUCUCCUUCUUAAAAGUUUGCUCCUACUUUACUUUCUCCAGCUGAGCAGCUAAUUGACCAGAACAUCACCACAAGGCGGCAAUCUUGGUUUGCUGUACCAUACAAGCUACAACUUGCUUGUACAAAAUCACAACUUCAAUUUCCUCCAACACUGUUGAGUGCAAACACUUGCAGCAACUGAUAAUGAAGUGUUGUAACAUUAACUUUCUUCUUUUUUUGUUCUUUCUUACUAAAGGGACCAGUGGUCAGAAUACUUGUACUAUUGCACUAAACAGCACACUACGUCUCAAUUUAAAAGAUCCAUCAUUGCCCUCCUACAAUUCGGAAACAGGACGUCUUGAAUUAUGUUCCUGUCCAGACUCAAGCAGCUGUUCUUGGAAUACGUUGAUAGCCAGCAUCAGUAACGGCUGGUCAUGGAAGAACGUACAAGUAGCUUGUCGUCAGUUGGCAAGGGACACUGGCUCAUCUUACGUUGGACUAGGAAAUCCUGUCUUUCAAACAACGGCACCGAAUGAGACUUUACUGUAUCCUUCAUCCUUUGCAUGUGAUGGGACUGAGACUAAUCUUACUGACUGUAUUGCUAGUCCAAGAGGAGAUCUAACCAAUGACAGCACUGCCGCUUACAUUACUUGUUUAAAGACUGUCUCCACUGGUCACUUAAGAUUGACAGGAUCAGCCACACAGCAUCAAGGAGUACUAGAGAUGUACCUUCGUCACACUGACAGGUGGGAGACCAUUUGCUCCGAUAACUUUGACAAUACUGAAGCUGUGGUUGCUUGUAAAACUCUCGGAUACGGCACAGGAAGGGUCUCUCAUAUUUCUAGUUCAACCACAUUUCGGGGUAGUGAGAUUAAUACAGAUACAGCUGUCUACAGUGUGAGCUGUGGCGGGUCUGAGAGAGACCUUGACAGCUGCUUUGUGGCACUCAGUGGGAGUACAGCCUGUUCUUCCAAUAGACCAGCCUAUGUGGUAUGCACACCAAAUGCUACCAGUCCAGGUAGUACACGUCUGUUCACUCUACAAACAUUCAACGAUUUCAAACGAGUUGAGAUACUCUACGCCGGUAGGUGGGGCACUGUCUGUAAUACUGAGUGGGACAUUACCGAUGCUAAGAUCACCUGCAACACUGUUCGGCAGAGUUCUGAAGAUGCACAAGUACCAACAAAAUUUGAUUCAAUUGUUGCUUCACAGCGGCCAUUGUGGGCAUCUGGCUUUAUGUGUAAUGGUACUGAGUCUAACCUGGUCCAGUGUACUAUCAGCAAUCCGAUUGGUUACACUCCUAAUUGUAAUCAUAUCAAUGAUGUUGGAAUAUACUGUGGAGAGGAAGAUGAAAGUGGUGGUCUUUCUGGUGGUGCCAUAGCUGGUAUUGUGAUUGGUUGUGUUGUAUUCUGUUGCUGUUGCUGCAUAAUAUCAGGCAUUGGUAUUGUCAUAUGCUGUGAUAAGACUGGCUAUGAAGAUUGCGACUACAGCUGCUGCACUAGUUGUUGCCGCUCAUCUCAUAGGCGUCGUUCGUUUAGCUAUAAUCGAGCACAUGAUGAUAGAGCUGAAGUUAGAUUGGAAACAUUUUCUGAGCCCACUGAUGAUGACAUUGAUGACAAGGAAGAAAUACCAAAUGAAGAACCGAGGGAAGAUACUGAGCUCUCCAAAGCUCCUCCCCCAUCUUACAAUGAUGCUCUGACAAUGGAGGCAGCUGCAGCAGAAGCUUCUGCCCUCCCUCCUGAUUAUACAAAAGAAGAAGAACCAAAGGAUGAAGAACUAAAGGAUGAAGAACCAAAGGAUGAAGGAGAAGGCACUAAUGAUGAUAACGAAGAAGGUGAAGCAGCUAAUCCUUUACCUUAUCCACUCAUUACUUCCGAUCCUGCUUAUCCUCCUAUACUGAAUUCCUACUCUACCGACAUUUAAAAUAACAAAAAUGUAAUUUUUAUUUUGUAUUUAGUUGGAUAAUUUUUAGUUGUUGUUUUUGCUCUUGAUUGUAUAUUUGAUUUAAAAUAAAUUCUUAAA